AGCAGCAAAGCAAAGGUGAAGAGAAGACCUUACUCAUCCUCACAGAAGAGCUGUUCUCCUCAGCCAUGGUGCGUGUCUGUCUGUUGACUCUACUACUCCCCCUGGUGGCGAUGUCCCACCCGCUGGUUCACAGCCCGCUCCCCUUCGACUGUCAGGACGUUUACCAGAAUGGCUCCAAGCACAACGGCGUGUACACCAUCUACCCGACAACAGCUGACCAGCCGGUGUCCGUGUACUGUGACAUGGGCUGCACAGACGACGACGCUCACGAGAGCCACGAGGGACAGUGGACGGUGAUCCUGAAAAGAGUGGAUGGAACUGUCAACUUCUACAGACCCUGGGAUGCUUACAAGGAAGGCUUCGGGAACGAGGACGGAGAGUACUGGCUGGGUCUGGAGACGAUGUAUAGACUGACUUGGCCUUCAAAGUAUGAGCUGAGGGUGGACAUGGAGGACUGGCAGGGUGGCAGUGUCUUUGCCCAGUACACCUCCUUCUCAGUGGAGUCUGAGGACAAAGACUACAGGCUUCGCUUGGGGAACUAUGUCGAUGGGGGAGCAGGUAAUUCCAUGUCCUCCAAUGUCAGAUUCUCAACCUACGACAAAGACCAAGAUGCAAGCUCGUCCAACUGUGCAGAUUACCGAAAGGGUGGCUUUUGGUUUACAUACUGCGGGAACAGUUACGGCGCCAACCCUACUGGUUUGCACCAAAAGGGGCAAAAUUCUGGGGAGGGGAUCUUUUGGUACAACUGGAAGAAUAACUUCUUGUCCCUGAAGUCCAUGACAAUGAAAAUCAGGAGAGUGACUCCACCGGAGUAA